UGAACCCUCAGCUGUUCGGUGGACUGUCUCUCAAUCACCAUGCGUGAAAUCGUACAUCUGCAAAUUGGACAAUGUGGCAACCAGAUCGGCUCGAAGUUCUGGGAAGUUAUCAGUGAAGAACAUGGGAUAAAUGCAACGGGCCUCUACGAAGGAGACAGCAACAUACAACUGGAGAGGCUCAACGUCUACUUUAAUGAGGCACACGGUGGUAAAUAUGUCCCCAGGGCAUUGCUUGUGGACCUGGAGCCCGGCACUAUGGACAGUGUCAGAGGAAGUCGCAUUGGUGCUCUUUUUAGACCAGACAAUUUCAUCCAUGGGAACUCAGGAGCUGGAAACAACUGGGCAAAGGGCCACUACACAGAGGGAGCGGAGUUGGUGGAGCAUGUCAUGGACCGGGUCAGGAACGAGAGUGAAAGCUGUGAUUGCCUCCAAGGCUUUCAGCUGGUUCACUCACUGGGGGGAGGCACAGGCUCCGGCAUGGGUACCCUCCUCAUCAAUAAGAUCAGAGAGGACUACCCAGACCGUAUCAUGAAUACCUUCAGCAUCAUGCCUUCUCCUAAAGUUUCAGACACGGUGGUGGAGCCUUACAAUGCUACACUCUCUGUGCAUCAGCUCUUAGAGAACACAGACGAGACUUUCUGCAUUGACAACGAGGCCCUUUACGACAUCUGUUUCCGUACCCUAAAACUGACCACACCGACUUAUGGGGAUCUCAACCAUUUAGUGUCCUUGACUAUGAGCGGGGUCACAACCUCUCUCAGAUUUCCAGGACAGCUCAAUGCUGACCUCAGGAAGCUAGCUGUCAACAUGGUGCCCUUCCCCCGUCUCCACUUCUUCAUGCCAGGCUUCGCCCCACUGACACCUCGGGGUAGCCAGCAAUACAGAGCUCUCACUGUACCUGAACUUACCCAGCAGAUGUUUGAUGCCCGCAACAUGAUGGCAGCAUGCGACCCACGGCGAGGGCGCUACCUCACAGUAGCUGGUGUCUUUCGAGGUAGGAUGUCCACCAAAGAGGUGGAUGAGCAGAUGCUUGCAAUGCAACAGAAAAACAGUGCCUACUUUGUCGAUUGGAUCCCCCAUAAUGUAAAGGUGGCUGUGUGUGACAUCCCUCCUCGAGGUCUAAAAAUGGCUUCCACAUUCAUCGGAAACAACACAGCAAUCCAGGAGAUAUUCCGUCGGGUAGGCGAGCAGUUCUCCCUCAUGUUUAGACGGAAGGCGUUUCUUCACUGGUACACAGGAGAGGGUAUGGAUGAAAUGGAGUUCACAGAAGCUGAAAGUAACCUCAACGACCUGGUGGCAGAGUACCAGCAGUACCAAGAUGCAACUGCUGAUCUAGAUUGGGAAGCAGAAGAAGAAGAAGAGGAAGGACCCUCAUCUGCAGGAAUCACAAAGGUUCAGUCUCGGACGGAAACCAAACUGGAAACAGUGGUUGAAACCAUCAAAGAAACUGUAGAUGAGUAGUGUGGAUGGAGUAUAUAGCUUCAAGGACUCUUUGGGCUUGAAUUGAGAUGAUGUAUGUACAGUGAAUUUCUUUGGAAACAAUUUUUUAUGUUAACCUGUUUUAUUUGUAUUUUUUUAUUCAUUUUAUAUUUAUUUUGACCUUUUCCUGGAUUCAAGAUUUUGAUCAUUAUGUUUAGGGCUUUUGAUCGUUUGAAAAAAAUCUUUCAGCAGUAUUUUGAAAUAAAUAUCUUAGACAUGCAAUUCCAACAGCAGACCCAUGACUAACUAGACAGAUUUGCCAUUUAGAUGACCAGCGAAUGCUUCAGAUGUAUGGAAGGUGAUCUAAAGGAUGCUUCUGUCAGGGAAUGUCAGCCCAGGCUCCUCCAGAAGACAGAUGGGUCGUUGUAUUAAAAAAAUAUAAUCAUGAGAUUGACUUAUAGACAAACCUGACAAUUAGCCACAGUUGUAAGCAUGCAGUUUAAAGCUAUGUUUACAUUUACUUGCUAGCCAGAAGGUAGCACAUAGAUUUUUUUUUGUUUGUUUUUGCAUAUUUGUUUUAAGAUUUAACAAGUAAUUUUACACACUAAUUACACUAAUUACUGCUGGGAUUUUAUUUUGCUCCACUAAAUUAAUCUAAGAGUAAUUUGUAUCCAUGGAGUCUGGAGUCCUUAUGCACAUGUACAUCAUGCCUCUUUUUUUUAAAAGCUUUUUAGCCAUUCAGAAAUUUUACUUGUAACAUAAACAAUUCUUUGGAAAGAGGCAAAUUUUGCCACACCCAGAAACAGUUCUUACAUAACUUCCCCUUAUGUGGAACUCCAGUUGUAUGAUUGCAUAUACAAUCAAUGCUAAGCACUUACUUUUAUUAUUAUAGAAACUGUUGGAAACUGUGUGUUGGGAGAUUGGAAGAGCAAUAAAAAUUAAAUUGAAUGAGCUUUAAUUCAUGUUGCAGUUUGCAUUUCUGUCAUUCAGCAAAGCAAUAAGUUAUAGUAAAACAUUAUGUAACAAGUAUACCAUUCACCCUUUUUGUAGUCUGAGUUGUCAUGAUGUUAAGAAGUGCACAUCAUGUUACAGUUUAUAGUAAACAAGUACUUUCUGGGUGCAGUCGAGGUCAAAGCAGAAAACCAAUAAGACUCGAUCCAGCUAUUUGGUUUUGUAUAAAUGUCCUUGUAUUUGUUGUACUAUUGUAAAAUGAAACCCGUGGCUCACUGAUUCAAAGUAAUGACUAUAAUAUGUAUUAAUUUAUUAAGAGUGAAUAAUAUUGCCUUCUUUCUUCUCAUUCCAUGGGCUGUAUGAUAUUUUAAUGCAUUUAUAAAAAACUAUUAACUGGAAAAAAAGAAGCAUGCAUUUUGACUAUGUUACACUAUGUCAGCCCUGUAUGUAAAUGUACUUUUGAAAUAAUGCAAACAAUGUUUUUGUAUUUUUAAACAAAUUUUAUAAUUGAUUUAUUUCUCUUUAAAAUAUUGGAUUUAUUUGUACAUGUUUAAAUGAAUUAUAUUUUCAGCAUUUCUGUAUAAUCCAUAACUUCAAACAAAUAUUAUAUUGAUGUUUAAGCAAUGUUUUGUUUUUGUGUAUGGAAUAUGUAUUAAAAGCUUUUUCAAAGCCU